CGUUUCUUUCACUUCAUCCUCACCACUCACAGCCUUCAAAACAAGCUGCGUUUUGCUUAACCAUGGCUGCCUCCACUAUGGCCCUCUCCUCCCCAAGUUUUGCCGGUGAGGCACUUAAGGUUUCUCCAGCACAGUUGGGUGUUGGGCGAGUCUCCAUGAGGAAGACCGUCAAGCCCGCCGGCCCUUCCGGCAGCCCAUGGUACGGCCCCGACCGUGUCAAGUACUUGGGCCCCUUCUCCGGUGAGCCCCCGUCCUACUUGACCGGUGAGUUCCCAGGUGACUAUGGCUGGGACACUGCCGGGCUUUCAGCUGACCCAGAGACUUUUGCCAGAAACCGUGAGCUUGAAGUCAUUCACUGCAGGUGGGCUAUGCUCGGAGCUUUGGGUUGUGUCUUCCCUGAGCUUUUGGCCCGUAACGGUGUCAAAUUCGGUGAAGCUGUGUGGUUCAAGGCCGGAUCUCAGAUCUUCAGUGAGGGUGGGCUUGACUACUUGGGCAACCCAAGCUUGAUCCAUGCACAGAGCAUUCUUGCAAUUUGGGCAUGCCAAGUGAUCUUGAUGGGUGCCGUUGAGGGAUACCGUAUUGCCGGCGGGCCUCUUGGCGAGGUGACAGACCCACUUUACCCGGGUGGAAGCUUUGAUCCAUUGGGUCUUGCAGAUGACCCGGAUGCUUUUGCAGAGCUGAAGGUGAAGGAGAUCAAGAAUGGUAGAUUGGCCAUGUUCUCAAUGUUUGGGUUCUUUGUUCAGGCCAUUGUGACUGGAAAGGGACCUCUGGAGAACCUUGCAGACCACCUUGCUGAUCCAGUGAACAACAACGCCUGGGCCUAUGCCACUAACUUUGUUCCCGGAAAGUGAACUUAGAAAAAUGUAUUUUUUUUGUUUUCAAGAAGAAGAAGAAUGUGUGGGUUGUGACUCGUGAUGUAAAUUUGUUGCAAACCAGUUAAGGAGCAUAUUGUGUUUUGUGCACCAGGGCUCAAUUCAAAUUGAUCUCAAAAUUUUAC